UUGACAUUGACAGUCGUCUUCAAUAAGGCCUCUUGCUCGCGGAGCGUAGAAUUUUUGCCUACUAGAUUUUCUUCAGUAUCUUCCGAAAUCUUAUAAAAAUGUCAUCGAAAUCACUUGCUACCCCUUUUAUUCGUCAUGUAACGAGCAGGGGAUAUGCGCAAACAGCUCCAGCUGCGAAGAAAGAGCCUAAACUUCAGACAAGUGUUUUACCAAAUAAAACAUUCGUCGCUGCAUUCAACAAUGGGUCUCCUGUUACUCGCGUGACGAUUGCCUUUAAGGCAGGUUCCCGUUAUGAACCUCAGACUGAAUUGGGUCUCGCCCACGUUCUACGUUCUGCUGCCGGUCUGUCUACAAAGAAUUCGAGUGCAUAUAUAAUCCGUAGACAACUCAAUCAAAUUGGUGCAUCUUUCACGGCAUCUGGAGACCGUGAAUUUGUUUACUACACUGUUGAAGCUACUCAAGACAACUUAAAAACAGCGCUGGAGUAUCUUAACAAGAUUGUAUCAAACCAAGAGUUUCGUCCUUGGGAGCUGACUGACAAUCUGCCACGACUGAGAUAUGAUAUUGCUGCUCUCCCACCUCAGGUCCGUGCAGUAGACCUGUUGCACAAGGCUGCAUUCCGUCGUGGACUUGGUAAUUCCCUCUUCAUUGCACCCAAGAAGAUUGGGAAAAUCAGCUCCGAGUCGCUCCAGCAUUUCGCGAGCAACAACCUGGUACCAAAUCGUUGUGCCAUUACUGUUUAUGGUGAGAGCCAGGACACAGCCUGCCUCCUUGCGGACAGUCUUCAACUUUCAUCAUUAGUUCAAGAAUCCAAGAACGACACUACCUACUAUGGUGGAGAGUUAAGGAAGGAGAUGGGUGGUGAUCUUGCCCAUGUUGCAUUGGCCCUACAAGGUGCACCGGCAAGUAUCCCACAAUCUCUUGCAUUGGCUGUUGCUGCUAAAGCUUUGGGCUGUGGGCCGGUAACCAAAUGGGGCGCUAACAACUCGCCAGUAGCGAAGGCUGUCGGCAACAUUGGGCCGUUUGCUGCGGCAGGCUUCAAUGUCUCCUACAGUGAUAGUGGCUUGUUUGGAGUCAUGCUCUCCGUGCCCAAAGAUGAGGCUAAUGCCGCUGUGAAAGCUGUAAGUAACCUCCUAAAGCAGCCUCUGAAUGCUGACGCCAUCAAGGCUGGUAUGAACCAGUUGAAGCUGCAAGUUCUAGCGGAAGCUGAGGACGGCACUUGCAUGACAGAGUCCCUGGCCGCUCAGGGCCUGCACAAUGGCACUGCUAAGUCACCCCUCGACAUCGUCAGGGAAAUCGAUCAGCUGUCUACUAACGAUGUGGCACAAGCCAUGUCAAAUGCAUCCAGGUCUAAGCUAUCUAUGGGAUCCGCAGGCAACUUAGUGUUUGUUCCAUUUUUAGAUGAAUUGUAAAUUAUUCAUUGAUAUAAUGACAUUAAUUUACUUAGUCCAUUUGGAAAUUACCAUGUUUUGUUGUAUAUUAAAUCUGUAAUUUAUUUGUUCAGCUGGAAUAAAGAGUUGAAAGGA